AUGGCGGGGUUGGUUAAGGCGGGAUUUUCUUUAGCGAGGAAUGCUAUUAUUUCUACUUCAGUGCGUUCUAUAGCUACGACCAAGCCAUUAAAUUUAAAAGACAUUCGGGAAUGCAAGGAAGGAUCUACACUGAUUGUCGAAGGAGUGACAGUUCCCUCGCCUCGUACAGAGUUAUUAAUUCGUGCGGAGAAUAUUCCGGGUUAUGAGCCAGUUGUUCCAUCAUCAAAACCACCGUGCUAUAUGUGUGCUCUCGGGCUGGAUGUCAAGCAUACUGAUGUUCUAAUUCUUAGUCAAUUUGUAAGAACUGAUGGGUGCAUGUUGCCCAGACGUAUUACAGGCCUGUGCCGGCGACAACAGAAAAAGAUAGGCAAAAUGGUAACAAUGGCCCAAAAAGCUGGUCUAAUGAUCAACUUGACUCCAGACAACUGUAAAAAAGAUCCUCGGAAAAGACGUGAACACAAAAAGUUCAACACAUACUAUGAUGAACGUACAAUCUUCAUGAAGUAUAUUCCAAAGCCAUUAGACCGAUUCAAGCGCUAG